AAAUGGAAUUUAUUGUCCUUACUCUAAAAAAUCAUUUUUUGCCUGAGAUACCGUAUCGAACCGCCAAAGACAAUCUGGGGGAUCUGAUAAGAUCCAAUCCGUAGUGCUUCUUUUGCAUCAGACCUCAGCACCUCAUAGCUACCGGAGCAGCUCCGCAGCGAUGAUCAACGCAGUGCUGGUCUUUAACAACAACGGCCAACCGCGACUGACAAAGUUUUAUUCGCAGAUAGACGUCUCACUUCAACAGCGGCUCCUGUCCCAGAUCUUCUCUCUUGUGUCAAACCGGCCCCCUGGUGCUUGCAAUUUCCUGCCUCUUCCUCCUCUUCUUGCCGGCUCCUCAUCUUCGACUUCAUGGAAUACCUCAACGACUGAUGAACCUACCACUCUCCUUUACCGACACUAUGCUACUCUAUACUUUAUCAUAAUAUCCGAUUCCCUGGAGUCACCUCUGGGCUUACUAGACCUCAUUCAGGUCUUUGUCCAAGCUCUUGAUCAACUUUUUGAGAAUGUUUGCGAACUAGACUUGAUCUUCAACUUCGAGACAUUACAUGCGACGUUGGAGGAAAUGAUUACAGGUGGAUGUGUUGUGGAAACAGAUCUUGCACGAAUCGUCAAGGCCGUGGGGGAUUCUGGUAAGGUCUCCAAGAGGCCUAAAUCUGGAGGGGGAGGCGGAGGCGGUGGUGGGAUGGGAGGCGGUACCACUGGGCUGGGCAGAGGCGGCUUCAUGAGCGGGGAUCUGGUGUGGACAGGGAGAUGAGAGAGGGAUACCAGCAUAGCACCGGUAUGUUACUGGAAUACUAGUGAUUUCGGUUCGUUAAUUCAGUAACGUGUCUUAGUUUUGCUGCUCUGGGGCUUGGGAGUUCAAUGGGUGUGCUAUUUGUGCCGAUUGCGAAACCUGAUAUUUCAAUAGGAUAGGCUAGGAAAAUAGGAAAUAGUGAUCACUUAACAGGAAAGGCAGCUGUGUUUAGCAGCCAUUUCUGUGACAUUA